CUGCCAACUUUACAGAUUUUUUCCGAAGUGUGCUACAAAGCCAGGGACAACCACCAGAUCUGCUUCGCGAUCGACGAAUUCCUCAGCCAGAGUGUCGUCAUACCAGCUGGCAAGAUGGGCCUUGACAAUCGACUUGAUCCGACAGAUGUCAAACCUUCGGCUUCACAGGCAGUUCAUAGACGGCGUGGUCGCAUCGUGGAAAUUUCUGAAGCAGCUGAACAUCGAGUAGACAGGCGGUUAACUCGGACUGGCAAGUUCUUCGGCGGACUCAGAGAAGAUCUGAAAGAAAAAGCUUCUUGGUACUGCAGCGACUUCGCCGACGCUUUUCAAGGUGGCAUCAUUCAAACCCUGGCUGCAGCUCUGUUUCUGUUUUUCGCGAACAUCGCCAAAAUUAUCACUUUCGGCGGCGUCAUGGACCACGUGCUUCAUAAGCAAAUGGGUGCUAUCGAAAACGUUUUGGCUGGGGGCAUAUGUGGAGUGAUAUAUGCACUAUUCUCCGGACAGCCGAUGUGCGUUCUUUCUGCUACGGGGCCUUGUCUUGUUUUCGAAGUGAUCUUGAAUGAUUUCUGCAGGUAAUG